CGACGCCACCGCCGACCACGAGACACUGUCUUUCCUUGACAUGUUCUAGGGAUACCACCAAAUCCCAAUGUCCCGCGAAGACGAAGAAAAAACGGCAUUCAUGACGCCAUUUGGAAACUUCUGUUUUGUUGGGAUGCCGUUCGGCCUGAAGAACACAGGCGCGACAUACCAGAGAAUGAUCGACACGGUGUUCUCCCGACAGAUUGGGCGGAACAUCGAGGCAUAUGUGGAUGAUCUCAUUGUCAAGACCAAACCGGGAAAUUCACAUCUGGAGGAUCUGCGCGAGACGUUUGAAGCCCUCCGCGAACAUAAUCUUCGCCUAAACCCAUUAAAGUGUGUUUUCGGAGCGGAAGCAGGGAAGUUUCUUGGCUUCAUGAUAACCAAGCGCGGCAUCGAAGUCGAUCCAAAAAAAAUCACGGCGGUCCAACAACUACUGGCACCAAGGAGCGCAUUGGAAAUCCAGUCCCUGAAUGGCAAAAUAGCAGCGCUGGGGAGAUUCAUACUGAGGUCAGCCGACAAGUGCGCGCCCUUCUUCAAAACACUUAAAAGCGGCACAAAGUUUGCAUUGACCAAGGAAUGUGAAGCGGCAUUCCAAGAGUUGAAAGCGUAUCUUGUAUUCCCUCCUGUAUUGACCGCUCCCAAGCUUAAUGAAAAGUUAUUCCUUUAUCUGGCCGUGUCAACAAGAGCUGUGAGCGCAGUCCUGAUAUCCAGAAGAAACGAUAAAGCCGAGUUACCCGUGUAUUAUACCUCGCGUACGCUAGUCAGCACGGAAACAAGAUACUCCCCAAUAGAGAAAGCCGCCCUGGCAUUGGUAAGCGCGUCACAGAAGUUAUGUCCUUAUUUCCAAGCUUACCAGAUCACUGUCCUGACCAACCUCCCGCUAAAGAAAAUCCUAACUUCGAUGGAAGUGUCGGGGCACAUGGUGAAAUGGGCGGUCGAACUCUCAGAGUACGAUAUCCAAUAUGCGCCGAGACCAGCAAUAAAAGCCCAAAUCCUAGCAGAUUUCAUUGCUGAAAGAGUCACCCUCGAAACAACACCAGAGGAGGUAUGGGAGGUUUACGUCGACGGAGCGGCAAGUAAACAUGGUGCUGGCGCGGGGGUCGUUGUUCGCACACCCACAGGCGCCGUUCACGAGAUAGCAAUCAGGUUAAGAGCGUUGAAGACGAAUAACGCGGCCGAGUACGAGGCCAUCCUGACGAGAAUGUCUGCCGCCCACGAAUUGGGCGCGAAAACGAUAAGAGUACUCUCGGAGACAACAGCCCCGACCUAUCGGAUCACGAUGUACAACGAAGAAACCAAUGAUGAGGCGCGCUUGCUAGACUUGGAGUUAGCGCAGGAAAGGCGCGAGUUAGCAACCAUCAAGCUGGCCGCAAUGAAGGAGCAGGUGGCCAAAUACCACAACAAAAAGCUGGUCCCGCACAAGCUAAUCCUCGGAGACCAAGUACUGCGACGGAACUUUCGCCCCGACCCCAAGCAUGGAAAGCUCGCCUCAGCGUGGGAGGGUCCAUACCUAAUCUGCGAAGUGGUCGGUGCCAACACCUUCAAACUCAGCGAGUUGGGGGGCAACAAGAUACAAAGGACGUGGAAUGCGCAAAAUCUCAGGAAAUAUCACCAGGCAACCUAAUAUGUAUUUUACUCACUAUUGUGCUUUGUCUCAAAGGAAUGAAAAGCACUCCGUUCGCAAGAACAAAAAUUAGCAAUAGUCCAGCACUAUUCGCGCCCACUCAGUUCGCGAGAACAAAAAUUAGCAAUAGUCCCGCACUAUUCGCGCCCACUCAGUUCGCAAGAACAAAAAUUAGCAAUAAUCCAGCACUAUUCGCGCCCAAUCAGUUCGCAAGAACAAAAAUUAGCAAUGGUCCCGCACUAUUCGCGCCCACUAAGUUCGCAAGAACAAAAAUAGCGAUAGUCAUGCACUAUUUGCGCCCACACACUUCGCAAGAACAAAAAUUAGUAUUCGCGCCCACUCGAUUCGAAGAAACAAAUAAACGCCUUAAAUGAGG